AUGGAACUGUAUGUGGUCCAAGGCCCGUUGCUGGACCAUCCGCCCCACUUCCAUUCAGAGUACAUGGAGUGGUACAGACGCAUCAGCAGGAGAUGGAUUAUCCAUCACGGGGCAGAGACUGGAUCAGCUAUGAUUCACUUACAGUCAGAGGCAAGGUCGAGUAUUGGUACUUACGCUCGUAGUCACCAGUUAGGCACCAUGGAGGACCGGAGGGACACACAGUGGCCACCACCAGAGCCUGUUGUUCCGCCACAGCCAUUGCCUCAUAUAGAUCCCCCGACGGUCGACGUACAGCGUAUACGAGGUCGUCGUCAGGGCAGAGCCAGACCUCAUGAGGAGACACGCGAGAUGCCGGCGAACCCUAUGCCACCACCGGUCGACUUUCACGGGGAUACCGAGGAUUUCAUCCGACAGUAUUACGGUCCACGACGUAUUACGGGAGCACCUCAGCGCAGACACAGUGCCCACCAGCUGCAUCCUUUUCGGUACCACCUACGGACCCUCUCCCGGCACAGGAUGAUUUAUUUGGGGAUACCGAGAACUUCAUUGGCCGGUAUCCUGCUUCGUCUUUUACGGUACCGCCUUCGUCUGUACCCUAUGUAGGCCCGUCAUUUGGGCAGGCAGAUUACAUUACGCCGCUGGCCACGCCUCCUCCACAGUUCUCCCAGCAUCCGGAUUCUGCUUUUACCCCGUUUCAGGCGACUCCGACGGCGCAGACACCUCAUCCUCAGACACCUACAUAUAUGCCGACUGUUCCAGUAUUUGAUGAUUCUUGGAACUUUACCUCCCUGACCACUCCUCCCUCACAGCGGUCUCGACUUUUUGAGGGCUACAUACCGACGCCGCCAAGUCAAGAUUCGGACUCCUCUUCUCGCCCGACUCAGACUCCCUCCUAGAUGCACUUUUCUCUUGAUGACCCUUGGAUCUACAAUUUGGUUCAGGACCCACAGCCGUUUAGUGACUUUCGAGGAAUGCAGACUCCUUCUUUUUCUCUGGGAUUAGAGUUAGACCCCUCCUCACAGGCUCCUGCUCCUGAUGUACAUGAUGAUGACGAGAUUGAGGAUGUGGACAGUCCAGCCGGCGAUAGUCGCGAGAGAAGCACCAGACCAGAUGGAAGACGUUACCGCCGAUUGAAUGAUAGUCAGAUGAGUCAACGUGUCAACAAGGGUUACGACUUGAGGACACGCUUACGGACUCCUGAUAGAUCAGACUUUACUGAGUAGUUUUAUUAUUUUUGUACAAAUUUUUAUGUAUGCAUUAUUAAUU